AUGCCGCUGGUCCGCAGCAGGCAGAUCAGCUCACAAGCGGAAUCGGGGGAAGCCGGCAGGGGCCGAGCGUGGACAGUUCCUAGCUUUGCCAGGAGACUUAGAAUCUUCUCCAUCUUCCUCCCCCCGGGGCUGCCAGUUGGUGAGUUAAUCAUCCCCUGUUGCUGUCUCCUGUCCAGGUCUGUGGCACAAGACAUCCCCAAGCUGCAGAAACUAGGCAUCACCCAUGUGCUGAAUGCUGCUGAGGGCAGGUCCUUCAUGCACGUCAAUACCAAUGCCAACUUCUACAAGGACUCCGGUAUCACCUACCUGGGCAUCAAGGCCAACGACACGCAGGAGUUCAACCUCAGCGCCUACUUUGAAAGGGCUGCAGACUUCAUCGACCAGGCCUUGGCUCAAAAGAAUGGCCGGGUCCUCGUCCACUGCCGGGAAGGUUACAGCCGCUCCCCAACCCUCGUUAUCGCCUACCUCAUGAUGCGUCAGAAGAUGGAUGUCAAGUCUGCCCUGAGCAUCGUGAGGCAGAACCGUGAGAUCGGCCCCAACGAUGGUUUCCUGGCCCAACUCUGCCAGCUCAAUGACAAACUAGUCAAGGAGGGGAAGUUGAAACUCUAGGGCACUCCUGCUGCCUCUUCUCUAGAGGCAGGGAGGGGAGGCCCUGGUCCAGGUGCCCCAAGCCACCAUGUUUAGGAAACACAGUGUACCCUGCUCCCAGCAUCACCAGGCACUUGCCCACAAGUCUGUCCCAACACAGCCCUGGGCCACUUUCCCCCUGGGGAGCAUAUAAAGAAGCUUGCUAUGGAAGGCAUUGUCGCUCCCUGGUGUGUCCUGUGCCUACAGUUUAUGAUGCCCUCUCCCUGAGGUGGGGGCGCAGAGGGGGAAGGCCUGUGAUGUGCAUGUUUCUCCUGGAUGGCCCAAGGCAGGAGGUCUGUGGGAGUAUAAGGCUCGAGAUGCCCCCAGGGGCCCCUCCUGACCUCCGUUGCCCCCUGCCUCCCUCCCCCGCUCCCUGGCACCCACCCCUGGGUCCUCUCCUGAGUGGGGACCUCAGCACCUCGAGCCCUGUAAGGGAACUAUGCAAACGCAGGCCCCUCUCUCCCCACCAUGCCUGUGUCCCCCCGCUCCUCCCCACCGCCCACACCUUGUUCACAGGCAGAGGCACGUUGUGAGGUCUGAAGCUGGCCCCAUGGCCGGCAGUUAGUGGGUGGAAAUUCCCAUGAAGAGACUGCAUUUUAAGUAUUUCAGUAGGAUUAAAGAUACCCAAACAAAGAGGCCAUCAGGUGGGCAGACAUUCCCCUGGAGGACUCCUAUAAGUCCAUAGUUUCUCAAAUGCGAAUCUUUGGAGGGCUUGCAUUCAGAAUCCGCUGCUUUGGAAUAUUUCCCUUGGACUGCUCUCAGUCACUUGGAUUGUUAGAAGAGCGAUGCCUUUGGGCAUGGUUUUCUUCUUUUUUAUUUUAUUUUAUUUUAUUUUAUUUUAGAAAACAGGGUGUUGAAGUUCCAGCCUAUUUAAAAACCCCACCAUUUGAAGAAUUACAGAGGUUUUGUCCUGAAUUACAGCGUUGGCAAGCUCAGGCCACUCAUGCUUAACUGCUUUUUGUCUUGGUUGCUAUUCCAAGGACAGAAGGAGGAGGUUGGCCGAUUACAGGGUGGGUGUGUGGGUGUGUAGGGGGGUGUGUGUCUCAGAAACACAGCCAGAGGAUGGAGGAGCAGGCUCUCACCCCACCCACUUUUAGGUAGUUCUUAGGGCUCUGUGGUGCCAAGAAAGAUCCUGGAGCCCUAAGAGCAAAAAUGACUCAGCCAGGCCGAAAUGAAACACGGCGGAGCCUCCAAAUGGAGACUUUACUGGCGGUAGAGCAAACAUACCAACCGGAACCACCUUUUUUUAGGACUAAUUUCAGGAUGACGUCAGAAUGCGCAAGCACUCACGCUCACGCGUGUGUGCACAUUCGUCAGAAUUUAGGAGUUUUGUUUUGAACAUAGUCUUGUUAGGACUUCAAAUGAUUGUUGCCAUGGAAAGUGAUGCACUCCUGUCGUCUUCAGGUUCCCCAACAGCAGGGAGGUGGUUCUCAGCCAUCCCCCCCAGCUCCUAGCACAAGAGGUCUAGAAUAGUUGGCUGAAUUAAACAUUUUUUUUUUUUUUUGAGCCCCAGAUAUAUGCAGGGUAUUGUUCUGGCAGGUGUAUCAAGCUCCCAGAAACCUGAAUUCAUGGUAGGAUCACUUGCAAGGAUUUGCAAAAGGAGUCUUAGCAGAAAUGAAAAACCAAGGACUUUAGUUGAGUCUUUAAAAUUCAGUGGCAAAUGGAAAUUCAGGCAGUGUUAACCUGUCGAGGUGGGGAAUGUGCCUUUUUCAGAGUUGACCGGGGGCGUCCGGCUAGACGAGGAGAAGCAGGGUGCCACAGGGCCUCGCUCCCGGGUGUCGUGGCCUCUCCCGCCACAGGGCCAGCAGUGCGGGGCCUGGACGGUCCCUUUCCUCUGUGACCACAGCCACCCUGAACAAACCAGGAUCUGUCGCCUUUUCCAGAUACCGGACUGCCCACAUAGACCCACCUCAGUAAAAUGGCCAUCCUCUAACCCGUGCACCUCACCUCAGUUUCCAGAGAACCAUCCCACUUAAUCUAACUUGAUCCUUCCAAUAACCCUGUCAAGUUGGUAGAGCUUAUUCAUGUAUUGUGACCUUUUAAGAAAAAGGAACUGGGGUUCGGACUGAUGGAGGGCACGGCGCCCGGGCUGUGCCGGCUCUAAGGAGGAGCUGAGGCCAGAUUUCAGGUUUGCUGCUCCCUGAAGCUGAAUCCUUUGUCCCAUACUACGCUCCUCGCCAAGGAGGGAGCCCCCUGGGAGUGUCCAGGUGCACUGCAUAUGCCCUUGACCCAGCCCGUGUGCGCAAGAGCCGGUUUUGUAGACGGAGUACAACCAUUCAAGCUGGGGUGCCACGGCAGGGCGGGGGGGUGUCUGGAAGAGGCGGGGAGGGAGUGGAUACAAACCCAUCCCGGCUCCAGGAAAAGGAAGCAAAAAGCAUGGGUCCCCGAUUCGGUUAGAAUGUGUGGCUCUUCCUCCAGGACGCAUGUAGCAUCCCUAAGUUGGAGCUUUCCGCUCUACUUCUGGAAGAGGCUCCGGGACUGGGGCGAGGGCUCCCCCUCCCACGCUCAGGAAGUGGUCACUCCAUAGGACAGCCAUAGCUACUCAGGCUAGUUAGCCAGGACCUCUGGAAGGCCUUUCUGUGGGGGCAUGAGGGAGAACAGGCCAUUGGGAGAAUUAUUGCCUUUACUUGGGGGCUACUUUUAUGCUGAUAACUGGGGAUUUCUUGGUAGUCUUUGGCCCCAGAAACCCUAUCUUUACUUCGUGAGAUCUAGCUCCUAAUUUUUGAGUUAAAAUAAAAUUCUAUUGUGUAAGAGCCAGCACGUGCCCACGGCCAGUGGAAGCUGUUUCUGGAUGGCUUUCUACCCCUGGGAAGUGAUGGAAUAGGAACUCAGGGUGCCCUUACCCUCCCCCCUGACCUGAUCCGUUUCUUUGACUAGCAGACCCCCACCUAGGUCAAAUUAGAGCACCAAAUGGUUUUCUUCUCAAGUCUAAAAGCAGUACACUUUCCACAGGCUGGUCUGUUUCUCUGCCACUCUGAGUUAUCUGGAGAGCAGAAACCACCAUCUGUCAGACCAGGGGACUCAUCUAGAAGGCCUCUAAGGUCCCUUUGGCUCUGACACUGUAGGAUUCUCAGAAUCCCCACCUGGAAUUUACCGCCACCUGGGAAUUACAGGGGAUGUAAUAAUAUGACGACCAGCAGGUGGCACUGUGUUCCACCCAUGGUGAUGGAUGCUUUUUGAAAGGGAAUGUUGGUGCCCUUUUGUGUCACAAGUUAAUGUUAAGAUGCUAAUGUUUUAAUCCAAAUAAGCACUGAUCUUAUAAUAGGAAGAUAUGCGCUUUCCUCGCAGGAGAUUUUCUGUCGUAAAACCGGUAUCAAGAACCACUGAAGAGCCAACAGUGUGGGUCUUACCAAGUCAAGACUUUAUCCUGAUUGGAAGUAGAAGCCCUCUCCAGCUGAGAGAGCAGAGCCGUUGGAAGCUUAAUUUAUCUCCUGUCAGCUUUCAGGGUAAUUUGAUUGUGAAAGCGUGAGUUUCCUGGACAGAAAAGGGGAAGGUAUUAAAUUGGUUUUAAAGGAAAGUAAGUUUAAUGUCUGUUGUAUCACCAAUCAGUGUUAAAGCACUAACUGUAACCAAAAUAAAUGUCUUACAUUACAUAGAAA